UCCUACUAAUCUGGUGAAUUCACGGCGCGAUUGGAUAGUUCAAUUUAAUUGUGGAUGAGUUAGUGGUUCCAGAAUAAUUGAUCGGCGGUAAAGUUGAAAAUAUAAUUGGAUUGGAACGAGCCACUGGUCCAUUGGACUUCGGCAUUUAGACUGAGCUAGUUUCCGGCUUCGGAUAUUGUCGUAAUUUUUUUCACAAUUUUCCCUUUGGGCCAGAUCUCAGUGCAGUGGAAAGAAAAAAGUUUCAAAAAAUUUUACUGGCUAGAAAAAAUCAGAAUUUAUAAUCUUCUCUACCACUGGGUGUGAAUGCUUAUGGAUUGUAAUAAUGACAUUAUUGAUAAAAAAUAGACCGACAAAUGGACAAACAAAAACGUUUUUAAGCAUAUAAACUAAUCUGAAUCAAAAUACUUGAUUAACUUGACUAUUUCUGUAAGAGUACGGUCUACAAUGGACGCGAAAAAGUCGCUAAAGGAAUGUCAUCCACAAAAGUACUACCUCACAUUUCUGUUCAGAGUCAUCUAUUACUUGGGAAUGGGCGAUUGUUGGUACGAGAAGACAGAACGCAGCAGGACCCACAAAAUCUUGUACGGCAUUUGGGCGUUCAUUUAUAACAGCUACCUAAUUCUUAAUACUAUCAACCAGGUUACUGCUAACUUCAGAUCAGAUUUGACUGUUAAAGAGAAAAAUGAUAUGAUCCAAUUUACUUUUGCACAUCCAUGCUUCUGCGUCAAAUACAUGAUUUUGAUAUUUCAAAAAGAGCGCGUGCGAAAUUUAUUUAAACGUAUGAUGGAGGGUAACAGAUCUAUUUACUCUUCUAUAGAUUUAGAUAAAGAGAGUGUUAGAAAGGCUAUUAUUUAUUCUAUCUGUUUGGCUGUCAUCACAUUAUGGACCCUCUUGUUUGCCCUUAUGGACGGGAUAUUUACUUAUAUCUCAGAAGGCAUUCCGAUACGAACAGAAGUGGUUCUGUACCCGACCAGACACAAUUCUGGCUUUUUCGUCAAUAUACUCCGCUUCUUGGUGGAACUUCACUGGUGGUGCAUCAUCACCAACAUGCUCGUGGCCGACUGUCUUUGUGUUUCUACAUUGAUAUUCUCGGGCUAUAAAUUCAAAAUAGUCACGAUGUACUUCAAUAAUUUGAGGAAGAAAACCCGAAAUAAGAUUGGGACUAAAAGCAGGUUGGCUUUGAGAGACGAUUUUGAAAAAGAUUUCAAGCUCGGAAUCCAGUUACAUGAAGAGGCUUUGUGGUGUGCUGGGUACGUACAAUAUGCCAUCGGGAAUCUUUACAGCGUCCAAGUCUUCGAGACUAUCACUUUGCUGGUCAUGUGCCUCGUCAAGCUUGUGACAAACGAGAGGAACUUGACAUUCCUUAUAGCAGUCCUGACGUACAUCUGCUGCUUGUUCGCGAUGACCUUAGCUUAUUUCAGUGCCGCUGGUGACGUCACAUACCACGCGUCGACAGUGAGCACGUCGAUGUUCCACUGCGGCUGGGAGUUUGUGGCCGGGAGUAAGUCGCUGCGGACGAUGGCGGUGGUGGCGAUACAGCGAAGCCAAGUGCCGGUCUACAUGACUGCCUUCGGGGUCAUGCUGCUGUCCUACUCCAACUUCAUAUCGGUGAUACGUUCUUCAUACUCAUUCUUCGCUGUAAUGUAUUAGCAGCUGUCACCACUAUUAAUCAUAAUGUUAAUAAGUAAUGUUAUUAAUUUUAAUAUGGAAAUAAAUCAAUCAAAUAUAGCAUGAUGUAAAAAAUUGUUUAAUCUCUUCGCGAUCGCAGCUUGUGGGCUUUUAGUGGCCGCCACUAGUUAGUGGCUUAAUGUGCGCUUGCUCUUAUGCGCUUACCACACGCACAAGCUUCACCACAGUUUGCAGGCCAAACUGGCAAGGCAAGCAUCUCGCACGAAAAAACUGUACAUUUUGUGCGUUACCACACGGCACAGUUAAGUACGCGCAAGCCUCA